AUGGAUGAUAUGUUAGACUAUCAAUCCAUUGCCAUCAUGCUACUAUUCGCAAUAAUAACUCUUCUUCUGGUUAUGGUCUUCAACUCCGGGUUGAGAUCAAGGAGUAAGCUCCCUCCAGGUCCUUGGAGGAUUCCGGUGAUUGGAAACCUUCACCAUCUCGGUGAGCUACCUCACCGAUCUCUCCGCUGCCUUGCAGAGAAAUACGGCCCACUCAUGCACCUCCAGCUAGGCCAAAUCCCUACGAUCGUUGUAUCAUCCCCUGAGGUUGCUUCUGAAAUCAUGAAAACUCAUGAUCUUGAGUUUUGUAACAGACCUUCCACACCUGUCUUCAAGAAAUUCUCUUACAAUGGAUCAGACAUCGCCAUUUCAAAGUAUGGCGAGCAUUAUUGGAGGCAAAUGAGAAGGCUUGGAAUUUUAGAAAUCUUUAGCACGAAGAAAGUGCAAUCUUUUAGGAAUGUGAGAGAAGAUGAAGUCCAUGUCUUGAACCAAAGCAUAAUACGUUCUUGCACUCAAGCGCCACAAACAGAACACAAUGAGAUAUAUUCUGCUUCAGUUGAUGAAAGAGCAACAACUUCUUGUUUCUUUGACAUCCAUGAAACCACACCAGAACCAAUAUUGAAAGCCAUUCCAGUAGUGCUUUUUCUGUGUAUUGCCGUUUGGCGGCGCACCGGGUCUAACGAACCGGGUUUGUCGCUUGACAAAGAAGAAGACUUCCUUGAUGUGCUUCUUAAGUCACAGAAGGAUUCUGCUAAUCUUGGCUUCUCUUUGACCAGGGAUCAUAUCAAAGCAAUUCUCAUGCUAAUAUAUUUAGUCCUUGCUUUGCGGAACAUAUUUCUUGAUGGAACAGACACAUCUGCUGCAACCCUAGAACGGGCAAUGACGGAACUUAUGAGAUGCCCAUCAACAAUGAAAAAAGUUCAAGAUAAAGUUCUAGGUAUCAUAGGAAAUAAAGGAAACGUGGAAGAAAAUGAUCUUCAACAACUCCAAUAUCUCAAAUUAGUGAUAUGUGAAACUUUGCGCUUGCAUUGUAUUGUUCCUUUUUUGCUCCCUCGAGAAAGCAGUAAAGAUUGCAAAGUGUUUGGAUAUGAUAUCUCCAAAAACACAAGGUUUUUAGUAAAUGCAUGGGCAAUUGCAAGGGAUCCAAAAUUAUGGGAAAAUCCUGAAGUUUUUAUGCCAGGAAGAUUUGAAGGAAGUACUAUCAAUUACAAAGGCCAACAUUUUGAAUUCAUCCCUUUUGGUGCCAUUCGGAGGAUGUGUCCAGGAAUGCAAUUGGGAAUAGUUACUGUAGAAAUUGCAUUGGCUAAUAUCUUAUAUCAUUUUAAUUGGGGACUACCUUUUAGGAUGUGUUAUGAAGAUAUCGAUAUGACUGAAAUAUUUGGAGUUGUUCUUCAUAAAAAAUCACCAGUAUGUCUUGAGGCAAAACCAGUAAGUUUUCUAGUUUAA